AUCUUUAUAGAAUAAUAAUCUUCUCUCUGAGUAAUUUAAUCAAUACCAGAUUAUUCGAUUAAUCGAUUAUACGAAAAUUUUUCUACGUCACAUCUCUAGCAAGUAAAUGAAAAAAAAAAUGACCGAGAUCAUCAGGCGCGUGGUAAAUCCAUUUUAAAGAACUUUUUAUCAAAAAAAAUAUUAAUAUUUGGACUAAAGAGCAUAAUGCGCUUUUGACAUAAAGUUAAUAUUCCUUCUUUAAGGGUUUUGAUUAAUGUGUUACAGCAGGUUACAGCACACAAGUAGACAAUAAUAAUUUUGUUGAAUAAAAUCAUGUUUAGCUGUAGAAAUCCGCUGGCUACAAAACAGCUUACUCGACAGAGCUUUAAAUAGGUAGGACCUUGGCUUGGGGCUUUUAUUUAUUUACAAUUUAGUCUUUGCUUGGAUUUGAUUACGGUUGGAUUUAUAUUGAAUUUACGGAGUUAGGUCGUUAGGUAUUAAUUAAUUCUCUUCAUACAGUCGAAUACUGUCAACAAACCGGGCGGGACAAACUUUAUAUUGGCUAUCAACGAAAUUGAACUUAAAACAAGUCUUGAAAAUGUCACAAAGUGCCAGCUUGGAGCGUCAUAAUCAAAAUAAUCAAGAUGAUGAUGAUCUACCUGCAUCAGAAAAAGAAAGCAGAACAAACCAAGAUUACAAAAUGCAAACAGAUAAACAGUUGACCCUUGCUACUGACAACUUGGGUAGCAGACAACGCGCUCUCAACAAGAAGGUCAAUGACGCUUUUUCUCAACAAGUGAAUUUUGAAAUUGCAAAAUGUAUACCAGAAAAUACGAAGAUUGACCGUUUAUUUAAAAUUGAUCUCGCUGCAAAAUAUAAAAAUGUUGACUACAUUAUUGAAACGCUUAAAUCUGGAGAUGAAUUCUACACGGCACGAGCGCUAAGAAAAUGCAAAUGGUUAUUUAAAGACCAGUAUUCUGACGUUUUGAACCCAGAAUAUCUUUACGAAAACAUAUUUUCUGUCACCUCAAUGAGAGUGAAGAAGAAAAUUUUGAAAACUACAGCCAAAUAUAUCAAGAACCCAGAUCGUGCUGUCCAGUUCUAUAAUGUUUGUAUGCAAGAAAAAAUGCUAUUCACAGCAUUCAACUGUCUCAUAAAUACAUCAGUAGCAUUCAAACUAGAAACCUUACCAAAAUUGGAGGGAUACACUGUAAUUGAAUUAGAAAAAAAGUUUAAAUACUUCAAAUUACUGAUCGGGAAGUCAUUUGAAGUUUUAGAUGCAUUGCUAAAUAUUUAUUAUAAAAGCAUAAGACGUAAAACUGUUUUCAACGUUAAAUAUUUGUACUAUACAGUAUCUAAAGAAAAGUAUUUAGAUGUUAUAGAAAAGUGGCUUAUAUUAAAAGUAAAUUUUAUUACUGCUAAAUUUGGCGCGAAGAUAUCUAAUAGCAUCAUGAAAUAUAAUAAGGACAGAGUGCUUGCAAAGCCACACGUUUAUUAUUAUAUUCUUGAUACAGAAGCUUUUAUAAAGCAUAGUACGAUUGAUGACGCGAAAAUUUAUGCUGAUGUAUUUUUCAGUCCCUACAGAUUUUGGGAUUGUAAAUGGCAUGAGGCUCACAAGCCCAUAUUUGAUAUUAUUGGAAAUGAGAAUUUCUUACCAUUUUUGAAAAAUUUUGUCGCUAAGAUUUACCCUCUUGGUGAGUUCGAAAUGCAUAGAGGGUUUUAUGAUAUGGAAUAUUACAAAUUUAUGAAUCCUUCGGAGAAGCAAGAAUGGGCUUUAAGUCAUUUAAAACGUCAAGAUAUAAUUCUCGGCCUAGGAAAUGAGUAUCGCUGGUAUAGAUUUAUUGAAUUCGAAUUAGCUUUCCCAGAAAUAAAGAAACUUAUCGACGUUACUGAUGAUACAGAACAACGCACUGACAUGUGCAUAGUUUUAUUAGAAUCGGCUAAAAAUAAUCAGGAUUUGCAGUUGCUCUUCGAUUAUUAUAAUAAAGUUCAUUUAGAUGAAUUAAGAACUUGUAAUGACUUUCUAAAGAAAGUCAUAUCACACCACAACGUGUUUGAGUUUGAUGAUGAUUGCUGGGCUACUUUUUAUAAAAUAUUGCUUAGUGUGAAUCUCUAUAGUUCAAAUGAUGCAACUAACAUUAAUUAUUUCAAAAGUUAUAAAACUAUGAUCGUUUUAUACCACAUACUACAUGAAAAACCGUUUCCUGAUGAAUUGAUGAAAUAUUUCCUUGAAGAAUUUGACUUGAACUCUGUCGACGACCACAUAGAAAAUGUAGGAUAUGAGAAUUAUAAAAAAAUACUUGACUUCUUCUAUGAUUUUUAUGUCAAACAAGCUGAUAAUAAAUGCCAUCGUCAUCGGAAUUCAAAGGAUGAAGCUGCAGAAGCAAAGCCAGUUUUUGCUGUUAUAAAAAGUGCAAUUACCAUAUUUUACGAUGCAAUUUCAAACGUAGCAAAAUCAGACGAACAAUUGAAAAUCAUCCCUAAAUUGUCACUAAAAAUACUCUCAGGCAGACAACUUUUGCAAGAUCUCAAAGAGGACAAGACACUUGUUAUCUCUAAAGUAACAGAAAUUAAAAACAAAUAUGAGAAUGCUUCAAUAAAGCUUGAUAAAUUUCUUGAUAAAAUUAUGAUAUAUUUUUCAGAAGAUGUUACCAAGGUCUAUCUAGCUAUGUUUGAAGACCUCGUCAGUGAAAAUAAAAACAAGCGGACAGUGCACGCUGGUGUACGUGGUAUUUUGAAAUUAGGUGAUGAAAACGCCAUAUUGGAAAUAAUGGGAAAACAUGCACCGGCAAAUAAAAAAGACGGACUAAAAAAUGAUAACAUUGAUCAACUGCGCAUACAAAGAGCUAUUUGUAUGAACGCUUGCAUUUCGCGUCCACAUGUGCCCCCUGCCAUCAUGGUUAAGUAUAUGAAAGGCUGUUCUGAUAAAUAUUAUCUACAUAUUCUUAAAACGUACUUCGCGAUCUUCCCCUCACCGAUAUGUCUAGAGUUAUUGCAGUUGCUUCUUGAUACUCCAGUAUCAAGACACAAACAUGCAAUCCAACUAGCCUUUGAAUGCUGCACUGCACAGAGCUUAAUUAAAGUUAUCACAAAUAUAUGGACAAGCACUAAGAACAAGUCUACGAGAAGCGUCAUUUAUGAAACAAUUUUAAAUAAAGUAGCAGACACAAAAAACCGAAUGCUUUUGGAUAUGCUAUUAAAAUUCACUUCAGGUUUACGUCAAACCGAUGAAAAUGAAGUAUUUGAUCUCGUUGUAUCAAAAAAAUUACCCGAUGAUUUACUGGGUGACUAUAUUGAAGCCGUAUGGGAUGCAGUUAAUUCCUUUGAAGAUAAACAACCGAAUAUAGGGCGCAAACAGAAGGUGAUACAUCACAUACAAAAUAUACUUGAUGUUGUUAAGAAAAGUUUUGUAAGCAAGAUAAUCGAACAGCACAUGAAUAUGAUGAUAAAAGAAAAUAAACUAAAGAUAACGUAUGCUGAAGAUGAGAUAUCACAACUUUGUAAAGAAAAAUGGAAGCUUGUAGCCCGAUACGUCAUACAUCACACUCGUCCUGAAUAUUCCCUUGACGAAAGUAUGCUACUAUCUCGCAGUGUUAUAGAAAACAGCAUAGAAAAUUGGGAUAAAGUAAUUUAUGAUGAUUUCUUGUACCAAAAACUACUUUGUGAUUUCUUCUGUUAUCUGGAGGAAGCCAGUUUUAAACAUAAUGUCCAGCAUUUUGAAGAUGCGGUUCCUAUUUUCGAAGAUUUUCUGGCUUUGGUUAAAUCAUCGUUACCGUUAUACGAUACAUACAAAUUGAGGUGGGAUUUACAACUAGCAAUAAUUAGCAGACAAGUAAUAGGAAAGUGUAAGAGCAGCUUUAUACAAGCAAGCAAAAAAACUCAUCGCUAUGAUGUAAAAGAUCUUCACAACGUUAUAAUUGACGCUUUUAAGGUAUACAGUCACGAAUUGGCUAAAGCUAUUUCAAAGUAUGCAAAUGAGGUAUACGUUGUGUCAUUCUCGUUAACUUUAAAGGAAAUAGUAGAAGACAAUAUAAAACAGAUUUUAGAAGUCUUUAAAUAUUAUUUAAAAAUAAUUAAUAACUAUAUAGAUAUAGUAAGAUAUUUGGACGAAAUCAUGAUAACAGUUGCUUCGGGAUUAAUAGAAAAUGAACUCCCCGCAACUUUCUUGCUAGCAGUACAGUUACUACCACAUGAAAGUCCAAGUGGUAGCUUCUUGUUUGCCAUCGAAAAACUUCAAAAAUGUUCUUAUCAGGAAGUGCUGUAUGUUUUACAUCAAAGAUUUCGAAAAGUGUGCAAUACAAUACGUGACAGUAUUAAAACUGACAGUACAGAUGAAGACGGCUUUUUUUCUGGUCUUGAUAUAUUUUAAUUAUUUUUUUAGGGCUAUCUAAUGGUUAAGGCUAAAGUAGUUUCUCAGAUCACCAAUAGAUGGCACAGGUUGUAUGUAGGUAGGUAUUCAUCACAGUGGGGUUAGUGGUGAUGUAUUUCUCCCUGGGUGGGAAUCGAACCUAGAACCUCCCAGUGAAGUGUCACUUGAUCGAUCGGACUCUAACUGUGAUAGUACAAUAAAGGUAAUGUUCUUAUUAAUUAUGAAUAAAACAAUUAUUGCACUA